GUUCCCCCAAUGGCGAGUAGUCUGAUCCGUGGACCGCCACCGCUGACCAAUCCGAAACCAAACCCUCUUCCCCUCGUAGCCUUUUGACUCUUUCUCGAUAUAAGCGCUCUCUGCGAUUCCUAAAGUUCCUUCGUUUGGAUUUCACCCAAAACUCAUGAAGUGCUUCCACUUCACCAACGGCGAAGAGAGGCGCGACGACGGCGACGACGACAACUACGGCGUCUAUGGCGUCGUUUCCCGGGCCGCGUCCAAGGUGUCUUGGGCCCGCUCUCUCAGCGUCGCUUCCACGUCCAGCACGCUCGACAACAGGGACUUCUCCGACUCGGCUGGCUUCCUCGACUUCCUGACUCAGCGACGAUCCAACGAUCUUCGCGUGUUCACCUUCUCCGAGCUUAAAUCUGCCACCAGAGGCUUCAGCAGGGCGUUGCUAAUUGGGGAGGGAGGGUUUGGUUGCGUUUACAGAGGAGUCGUUACGGUUCCUGGCGAUGGGACUGAUGCUCCGGGUUCGAAAAUGGAGGUUGCGAUCAAGCAGUUGAAUCGUAAUGGUCUCCAGGGGCAUAAGGAAUGGAUUAAUGAAGUGAACUUUCUGGGUGUGGUCAAGCACCCAAAUCUCGUCAAGUUAGUGGGAUAUUGUGCAGAAGAUGAUGAGAGAGGGAUUCAGAGACUUCUUGUCUAUGAGCUUAUGCGUAAAAAAAGCUUGGAGGACCAUCUAUUGGCUCGAGUACCUUCUCCUCUCCCAUGGAUUACAAGGUUAAAAAUUGCCCAGGAUGCAGCCCGUGGUUUGGCGUACCUUCAUGAAGAAAUGGAUUUUCAGCUAAUAUUUCGAGAUUUCAAAACGUCAAACAUUUUGCUAGACGAGGAUUUCAAUGCCAAGCUCUCGGACUUUGGACUGGCUAGGCAGGGACCUUGUGAGGGACUAAGCCACGUUUCAACAACAGUUGUAGGGACGGUAGGUUAUGCCGCUCCAGAAUAUGUUCAGACCGGCAGGCUUACUGCUAAAAGUGAUGUUUGGAGCUUUGGGGUGGUUGUCUAUGAGCUUAUCACGGGGAGACGAGCAGUGGAAAGAAACCUUCCCCGAAGCGAGCAGAAACUGUUGGAAUGGGUAAGACCCUACGUGUCGGACUCAAAGAAAUUUCACCUUAUUGUAGACCCUCGAAUCGAAGGACAGUAUUGCAUUAAAUCAGCUCAGAAACUUGCAUCUCUGGCAAACAAGUGUCUGAUGAAGCAGCCAAAAUGCCGUCCUAAAAUGAGUGAGGUGGUUGAGAUACUGGGAAACAUCAUUAACGAGAUGAUAUCUCAAGAUGAAGAUGCCCCUCAGCUUGUCAAUGGAAAUGAAGAGUUUAGGGAAGAAAUCACGGGGGAGAUCGAGAACGAGCCCGAGCCCGUGACCACCAAGCAGGGGAACAAUUAUCUGAAGAAGGUUUUUGACAUUAGAGAAAUGGUCAAUUUGAAAAACAAAUCAUUUGGUAAAUUAGAUUGGAGAAAUUGGACACCUGGAUUGGUAAGAACUUGGUGAUAAGUACUCAGCCUCUGCCGUAAAGAGAACCCCUCAAUUCUGGGAUGGACAGUAGAUGUAGAUAUGUCUGCGAAUCCUGGAAACAUAUGGAGCUUAUGCUUUCUCUCUCCUUUUGCUUGGAGUAUAGUUGUAAAUAUUGCUUGCAAGGAAAGCUGCAUUUGUGAACCAUCCUUUUUUUAUUA